GGUUCCGUUCUUCCGUGGAGAGUGGAGGUCGCUGCUUCUUGUUCCACUUGUUCUUCUUCUUCGUAUUCGUCGUCGAUUCGUGCACGCUCGCCGGCGUAUCGACGACCGCCACGAGAACUGGACGAAUGAAAGGACGUGCGCGUAACACGCGCAACGAUACGCAACAGCAACACGCGUGCACCAUCGCGCGGAACGAGGAGUAAUCGUCGACGUCGCGAGACCAGUGACGCCGGGAUCAGUAAUCGUUACGGUUCCCCGGUGAUAAAUACGAGACCAGUGAUAAAUAAGAAACGUGGGUGCCACGGGAGCUGUUUCUCAGACACCAGGGGAAAAUCGCGAGGAUCGUAUCGUCGCAUCGUCGUAAUCCGAUUCGUCGAGCGUAUCGCCAGCCUGCAGCCAGUCACGAGCCAGCCGUCGAGUUUCGAAACGAGCGACUGGGGCAAGAGAGGGAGACUGAGGACACGCAGCGCCCUGCCAGGGGAAGAAAGUGACAGUGCGUCAGUUCUCGGUGGGACUCUGCCGUGAAAACUUUGUAUCGUUAUCGAUAUAGUUGUUGCGAGACGGAGGGAAAAAACUGUGUUGAUAUGAGGAGCAGUCGAGUGUGUACGGUGACUAGACGAGCGGGGCAUCGGUGACUGUUCGUGAUUACCAAAUAUCUCGGUGUUCCCGAAGGGGCUCCUUGUUAUCCUCUUACGAAGGACAGAAUUUCUAGGAUUCGACGUCGGUAAUGCGUCGUGGAUUCUACGAAUCGAACAGUGCGCGGUAAUCGUGUGUUCGACUGACUCGAUAUUAUCAGGGUGUACGUUCUACGGUGACGAUCGCUCGUGCAAAGGAUUUAUACCGGUGACUAUUUUUGUUUGAAAGGAGGCAGGACGUACUCGAGACACGCACAGAGUGACUGGAGAAAAAGUGUGAGACAGUGCGUCGGUUGUGCGUCGCUGCGCGUAAUUCCAACAAGUGGUGCGGACUCGGAGGAAAGAGGGAAAUAACCGUAGGAUCGAGGGGACGGUUCCCUCAGCUGGCUUCCAUGUCACACGCUCGUAAGGAAACGAGCAUACUCGUAGUCGCGUAGUGUCUCGCGGUGGAGCAUCCGGUUAGGUCCAGCGAGACUCGACCGGAGAAACGGUUCGACCGUGCUACAAUCUCGGCGUUUCGUCGAAUUUCUUGACGUCGAGAGGUACCAGGAAAGGGCGGCAAGCUGUACGGCCACAGGGAGGAAGACAUGCUCACGAUGGAGACGGACAUGAAGGGCGGCAGCCUGCACGGUCAGAUGCCACCGCACCCACAUCAGGGUGUAUCGCCGAUGGGCCACCAUACAGGGGUCUCGCCUUACGGUAGCCUCGGCUCGAUAGUGCACAGUCCAGCUCUGUCCGGGAGUCCACCUAGCGUCGGUGGUCUCGGCUUAGGUCUCCAGCACCAUCAUCAAACGCCUCAGCAUCACUACGCGUCGAUGCAGGCCGCCCAACAACAACAACAACAGCAGCAGCAGCAACAACAGCAAAGCAUGCACUCGCUGGCGCAGCAAGCGGCCAGCCAACAGCAGCAGCAACAGCAACAGCACCAUCCUCACCAGCAGCAGCAGCAACAACCCCAACCUCAGCAACACCAUCAGCCUCCAAACAACAACAACAACACCAGCAAAAAUAACAACAUCGACCGCGUGAAGAGGCCGAUGAACGCGUUCAUGGUGUGGUCCCGCGGUCAACGGCGCAAGAUGGCGCAGGAGAACCCCAAAAUGCACAACUCCGAAAUCUCGAAGCGGCUAGGCGCCGAAUGGAAGUUGCUCAGCGAAACGGAGAAGCGCCCGUUCAUCGACGAGGCGAAACGAUUGCGCGCCGUGCAUAUGAAGGAACACCCCGAUUACAAGUACAGGCCGCGACGCAAGACCAAAACGUUGCUGAAGAAAGACAAGUUCCCACUGGGCGGCGGUGUAGCGGGAGUCGGAGGGAUGCUGGGUGUCGAUCAGAGACAAGUCGGCGGCACCGGUGGUCCGCAACAGGCGCAAUUGUCCCGAGACGUUUACCAAAUGCCAAACGGAUACAUGCCGAAUGGGUAUAUGAUGCACGACCCAACGGCGGCUUAUCAGCAGCACGUUGCUUACGGGGGUCACAUGGGUGGAGCGGCAGCGGCGGCAGCAGCCUCGGCCGCGGGUUACCCGAGGUACGACAUGGGUCACCACAUGGGCGGCGGAAGUCCCAGCCCCAUCAACAGCUACAUGAAUGGUUAUGGCAGCUACGGGAGCACCACCGUGCCGGGCGGCUCGCCGUCGCCCUAUCACCAAGCCCAGCCUGGCUCUCAGAUGUCGAGUCACAGUCCCAGCGGUAGCAGCAUAAAAUCGGAGCCAACGAGUCCGGCGAGCGGCGGUAUCCACACGCCGACGCCCACGGGAGCGUCGUCGACGGCCGGGGCCGUUGGUCAGGUCGUGAAACGGGAGUACAUGGGCCAGCAGCAGACGCAGCAGUCGCAGGGUGAUCUCAGACAGAUGAUCUCGAUGUAUCUGCCGCAGGGCGUCGAGCAGGGGGUCGUGCAACACGGGGCCGGUGUCUACUCGCCUGGACCCUCACCGGACCCGCUCGCGCAGCAUCACUCCUCCAUUCCACCUCUCACUCAUAUGAUAGCUUAGAGUGACAAGCUUGGACGGACGGCUGUACGCGUGGGAGAGGACUCCCUUGUAAGAAAACGGAGAAAGGGAGAACGAACGCAAAAACGAUUGCGAAAUCGAGCGAGCUCGGAGGCGUGGGGGCCGAAGGCGAGAUCGCAAACGAUUUCUCGCAACCAUCGGGAGAAAAUUUCACCGACCGAAGAAGAGACAAAAUUGAUCGAAAGAAACGUCAAGGAUCCAACGUCAAGGACUCGAUGGCCAUUUUGCAUACGUGGCUAGAAUGCAGCGGGGAUCCGAAGAACGAUUUGAACAAUCAGGUACAACGACGCACGAUGAAAGAUUCGAAGCAACACCCGCGAAAUUGUGUAUAAUGUACCGUCUACCCACAGAAAAAACUAUAUAUUCCCGGAGAAAAAUGUGUCAUCCGCGACCGGGCGUCCAAGAACUUCCGGUCGUUCCUGAAGCUUGCGACGAAUCGACGCUCCUGCGGCCCCCACGUUCUUCGACCCUCGUUUCGUUGGAGAGCGUUCCUUUUCCGUCGACGAGGCGCCGCGGAGAAAAACGGGUGCGACAUACUUAUACAUACAUGUAUAUGUAUUUAUAAUUAUAUGUACGUAUAUAAUUAUAAAUAUUUGUAAUCGAAGGGAUGAAAAUCGCAUCGGUGCAAGUCAUCUUUUCUUAUCUCUUCUCAUUUUGACAAUCUUUUCGCAAUCUCGCUUGCGUAGAUUCCAUUUGUGAAAGUUAAUUUAUUAAAAAUAAUUUUAAAACACUUGACUUGCACCACGAUAUCUUUUACACCCCCGAUUAUAUACAUGAAAUUAUUUAUUAUACAUAUUAUAUAAUAUGUAAACAUUUUAUGUACUUCAUGUUUAUGUUGUAUAUAAAUGUUUCUGUAUAAUAAAUUAUUUUGAUGUAUAUGUAUGAAUAUUUACAACGGGUCGCGUUAUCGCGAAUCGUAGAGAGAGAGAGAGAGAGAGAUUGAAAGACGACUCGUUUUUCUCCUCGUCCCCGAGGACCUCUUAUUGCGUCGCGAAAGAAAUUCAGCGCCGGAUUAAGGUUUUGUGGAACCAUGGGCUAGGGGUAAUGUCAGGGUUUCCCUUAAUUGUUUAAACGGAGACGAAACUGUUAAAAAAAAGCUUUCAUUUAUUUUUACGUAAAUUUAGUUGUUCUUAAGCUCAGAAAUGGACAAAAUUUUAUUCGAAUGAUAGAUGACGAAUACGAUUAACGUGUAACGACUUAUUCGCUUCGAUUAUUCCUUUAAAUUCCUACUUCAAUUUUUAUUUGUUCAUAGUGGAAUCUCUUGACAUUCAAGCUCCUGUCUUUGUUCGACGAAUAACGGAUGAAAGCAGUUCGUCUUUUCUUCGUUAUUCCAAAUUUUGAACUACAUAAGAAGUGCCAUUAUCGAUUCGUGUACAUUCGUUUGAUGUUUUAUUUUAAAGGAAAUCCACUUUCCAAGCACAUAGAAAAUAGAUCUGUAAAUCGUUAGAGAACGAAACAGUUAACCCUUUGUUAGAUAAUCUACAAAAUUGGGAAUUCGAUAAAACAAUUUCUAUACAAUUUUCUGAGGAAGUUUUACAGUACUUUCGCGUAGUAUUUCAGUAUGGAGACGUUUAAUAUCUACAAAUGCAAUUGGUUAUAUUUUAACUUGAUUAUUAAUUGUUUCAAGAACAUAUAGAUAACCAAGAAUUGGUUUAAUUUUUCAAAGAUAAAAUAGAAUUUAUCCUAUAUCAGAUAGAAGCUUAAAGUGUUUGACGCUUUACUCGAGUUUGUCGAAUUGCCUCUAAUUAAUCUCCGAGAUUUUUGAGACGGAAUGUCGUUCAAAAAAUAAUUGGAAAACGAAAACACCUCACGGUACUCAAAUUCAAAUACAAUCGAUAUAAGAAUAAUCGUAUAACAUCAUAAAUUCAUUUCACGUUUAAGCUUGUAAUCUUUCUUUGCAAGUCGUUUUCCUUUUCCUCGUUAUUGGCCGCAUUUAUCUGAAUCUAAAUUUAUCUUUCUUAAAGCCCCCAAACCUUAAUUCGGUCCUGCUCGGGACGCGAUCAACAAAGGAAUCGAUCGAUCGAGCGAAAAUCGACGGUCCGUCUCGAGGCGAGCGUUACCGCCAUGCUUGUUCUUUCCACGCGCGAUGCGAGAAAAGGAGGCGAGAAAUACCGCGAAACGAUAAAACCUUACUGUGAUAAACGACGCUGCACGACGUAGCACGCGUGCAAGAGAGAAAUAUCCAGGGUAUAGCCGUGAGGGAUGUAAAAGGGGGUGAUAGAGAGUACGGUGAGUGAGAAAAAGAGAAGGGUUGGCAGUAAGUGCGUGAGAAUAAAAAAAAAAAAUAAAAAAUAGAUUGAAAUGACAGAGUGUCGCGUAGAAGUGAUUCGAGUAGUAACGCAGGACUAGAUGUUUCGCGACUUCGCGACUGUAUAUAUAUAUAUACAAAUUUAUAUACAUAUUACGCGCACAUAUGGAACGUUAUAUAUAUAUAUAUACAGAGAAACGUAUAAAAAGAGACACGUGUAUUAUAUUUUCCGCGUUAGCAAUAUUUCUUUUUUUUUUCUUUCUCUACCGGUUACAACGACGUCUCGUUCGACGUCCGUCGGGUGCGUCCAUCGGUGUCGAGUCGCGAAUAUCAUUCUCAAUUAGCGAGCGAAUACGAAUAGUAAAUAAAUACAAUUACGUGUGCGAGGAAGAAGUGACGCGAAAGUGAGUGUAUGUGUGUGUACGAGGUCGGAACAUUCGAGCGGCAAACGCUCGCGCAGAAACGAACAAACCGCGGUUGCAUAUCAAUUAUGGAAAAAAAGAGAAGAAAGAAAACGAAAGAAAUACCGAAAAAAGAACAGUAUUUAUUGUGCAUAUCGCCCAUCCCUUCAGCCGAUCCCGCGAACGCGAUACCAGCGUAGAUGGAAAACCCUCGCGGUGUUCGCCGAGAAAAAAUUGUGUGUUCGUAUGCGUGAGUGGAAGAACUUUGUAGAUUGGUCGUCGAUCGCCCCCCUCUUCGUUCCUCCACCGACCCAAUUUGUACAUAACCCCCUCCCCCCUCCCUGUUGAUUCACGCGAGAAAAGUUCGUCCAACCCCCUUGCGAAUGAGAAAUUAAACGUCUCCGUGACACCAGGCGAAAAAAACAUUAUCAUUAACGAUAUUUACUAUUACGUUUAUUAUUACUUUAGUGACUUUAAAAUUACGUUUAUUAAUAUUAUUAUUAUUACGAAAUAUGACUCCUUUUUAUUAUUAUUAUCGUCAUCUGCAUUAUUAUUACUGUAAUUAUUAUAAUUGUCACGAUUUUCGUUCUUCCUUGCGUCCUUUUACGUUUCACGAAUCCCUUUCCCGUAAUCUGGUUUUCAUUUUAAAAAAUUCUGUCGGACUCCUUGGUUACCUGGACUUCCUUUCCAGUCGCGAAUUUCGACGUCGUUCAAGAUGGACGAAAAAGUGUUUGUAAACGCGCGUCAGUCACGAGGACCGAUUAAUCGCGACCGAUCUGCGGUGUUUCGGACGAACGGAGAACGAUCCGAAUUUCUCGUUCGAGGAUUGUCCUCGCUUGACGAAAUUUUUUUCUGCGCGACAAAUCCGCUCACUGUAACCGCGACACGAGACUGCUUGAAACUUCUCGAUCGACGCGAAAUUCUUCUCUAGUUUACAUCGAAAACGUCGUGAAUCGGGAAUCGAUUCUGUUUACAAGAAAUCUAUGAAAAUGUUAGAUUAUUGGUUCGUAUUUAACGUCUUCAAGUACGACUUCGCUCGAAGUAAACAAAUAUUCAAACUAGUAUUAAUCCGUGACAUCUAUUAAGCUUACAAAGAGGAUGCGAUGUUAAAUCGUUGGAAAAUUUAAUUAUGUAUAUUUAUUCUAUAUUUGAAUAGUUUUUUCCGUAAACGUGCACGUGUACAUAUGUCAAUAUCGUUGAAGAGGUUAAGGUGAAUGUUUUAAUUAUCGAUGCAUUUUUUAACAACUAUUACAUUGAACGGUAGUGGAAAUUUCUGGGCAUUACUAAUUACUUGUAUAUAUUAUAAAUUGAGAAGAUAAUAUUUUUAGUUUUCACUUCUUUUUAUCAAAAUAAUAGUUUAUAUAAUUAAAUUCUCAAGAAACGAAAGUGUUGAUGCUCGAGUAUUCGAUUGCAGGUGUCUCGAUCACGAUCGUACGGAUGCACAAAUAUUGGACAGUGUAGACAAAAUUAUAAUUGCUUCUUUGAUACAUUUUUACAACGUUAAGAAGUUGUUUUCAUCGCUUUAUGCCUUCAAGUUUGAAUAUUUUAACGGGUUGAUUCGUCAUAUUCAAAUUCAAGUCUUAUAUGAUCAUGCAAAACAAAGCGAGUCUUGGAAAAUCUAUGUUUAAUAUCCUUACCCGAAAUUUUCACACCUAUGUAUUUGCAACUUUAUUGCAUUCUCGUGUCUCGAUUGAACGAUUCCAGUAAAUACCGUUAAAUUUAAAAUAUACAAUCUAAUAAAAGUAAAAAAUAUAGUGCUCUCACAAAAUGAUCGAUAAUCGUAUUUAUUAAAAAUAAAUCCAAAGUGAAACUUUUGUUUUGCUUAUUGGAAGAAGAUAAUAAAUUCUUAUAUAUACGUGUAAGUAAUCGAAAGUGUCGAUGAUCGAGAUAGUGUCGAAAUUGAAUACACGAACUUCACGCGUUUGCCAGUGACAAUCCGUUUAUACUCGGAUGUUCGACAGAAAUAAACACGGGCAAAAUUUUAUUCGAAUAAUGGAUGACGAAGAAAAGCAACAUAUAAUCGUUUUUAUUCGUUCACUGCAAAAUAUCUUAUAAUUGAAAUUUUAACUUUCGUUCUACGAGCAAUGAAUAAACUGUUUAUCCAUAAAAAAAAUUAAUACAGAUUUUCUUGGCUUUACUGAGUAUCACAGAUAACAUUGUUUAGGUUUAUUAUUGAACCUUUCGGAGUAACUAUAACUUAUACGCUACAGGUACCAAGUAUGUUAAUUUGAACCAUGUAAGUUGGAUUUUUUUUUGGAAUUAAUCAAUUAACAAUACUUUCCCUAUUAUUUUUAACGACAAUUAGUAGAAUUGGUACAAAGCUAAUUGUAUUAAUUAAUUACUUUGCAAAACACACAACAAAGUAUUUCAGUAUAAAUGUUUUCUGCGAAGUUAAAGAAAAUUUAAAAUGACUACGUAAACGAAAAUAUUGUUUAUCUAUUUUGAAAAGUAUAAGUUUUAGUUACGGCCGGAACUUCAGUAAUAAUUCUUUUUAAACGGUAUGUUAAUUUUCUGUCGAUCAUUCGAGAUGUUCGGAUACAAAUUUUGCCCGUGAUUGGUCAGGAAACGUUUCGGAUCGAGAAUCG